AAAUAUUUGAGCAGAUCCCAUCAGUACAAUAAGUCACUCUUCCUUCUAAUCUGUCAUCUCAUCAUCGUCAGCUAUGGACCGACUGCUUCUGAUUGCUUCUGUUCUCUUGGGUCAUUUCGUUUGGUUUGGUGUUGCUUUCUGCCAUCAUGAUGGAAUCUCUGGAUCAGUGAAGGAGGUGACAGCCAGACCUGGAGAGAACAUCACCCUCUAUUGUGACUGCAAUAAGUCGACUGGGGUAUACAUAGUGUGGUUCAGGAAUUGUUCUCAUGAAAACCAGCCAACUCUUGUCCUAAACAGUCGUCUCAGCUGGUCUCAGCAAUGUCCACGAUUUAUAUUCAUCAAAAACUCUACUUCCUAUGACCUGCUGAUCACAAAUAUCACUGAUUCUGAUGAAGGGGUUUACUACUGUGGAACUAAGGAGACGAAAGUGGAAGAAAUAAAAAAAAUUACAUCAAGAGAUAUCUACAGGUACAGCAACAUCACAACAAGGCUCACCGUCAAGCCCAGUUGGCUUCACGUUGACGGUAAUAAGACGCAGCAGCACGGCCAUUUGGACUGCAAUUUCCACCGCGAUGUGAACUGGAAACUCCUCUUCUUUCUGUGCCUGUCUUUCGCUUUUGUCUUUGCUCUCUUCUCCUCUCUUCUGGUUUACAAGCUCUGCCGGAAAACAGUGGAAGAUACACAAGAUAAUGAAAAACUAAGGGCCGUCACAAGAAAGCCAAGAGAGGGUGAAGACGUGUGUUAUGCAGCCCUGGAAAUCCGUCAGGCAUCACAGAGACCAAAGAGGAAGAGCACCGCCAAAAGUUCAGACUUCUGCACAUACUCUGCCAUCAAUACUUCUCGGGUGUAA